AUGAGCACCAAUUUUAAUACUUUUAUUGAGAAGAUAUACUCACUUAAAACAACUCUCUUAUUUCUCAAGAAUUGUUAUCCUGACAAGCAGAGUAUUUUUCAAGCCAUAAACAAUUAUGCCCUUUCUAAUAACUUCCUUGUUAAGAUUAAGGAUAGAAAAUUCUCUAUCUUUUACAUUGCUGAAAGAAUGUCUCUUUUGACUGUUAAAGAUAUUACUAUUGCAAAGACAAUAUUAGAGAAUCACGCUAAGUCCUGUGAUGUUCAGAAGGCAACAAGUGACAAAGUGACAGGUGUUAUGUAUGAGCUUGGUGAUGAUAUGAUGAUAUCAUGUAAUGUCUGUUUCUCUACCAUUAUCUUCUAUGAUUUAGUUCUUAUGUUUUUAAUGUUAUUGACUAGAGUCUUAGUAUUUGUCUUAGUAUGUUCUUUACGAAUAAGAAAGCUGAGAAUCAGCAAUAUCAACAAUCUCAAGUAUAGUGCUACUUGUUGUAAUAAAAAAUCUGCCCAUGGCACUACUGAGCUCAACAAAACAAUGGAAGCAAAGGGAUAUUCCAUUCUUCACAAGUUUAAUAAGAGAAAUAGACUCACACCCAUAUUUUUUACAGAUAAUAUAAUGAUCAGGAGAGCUUGA